AUGUUCAAGGGCGUUCUGAGAGCGCGCUCGCUUGUUACAACUCAAGGUAGCAAUACGAACUGCGUCAACACUUACCGUUCUCGAAGUCCAAAUAUGUUCUCAAUUGCAGCUAUCAAUGACAUUGACUCCAAAAGUAAGUGGGAACCACUAGCCCCCACGAAAGAAGCCCAGGCACGUUUCUUUCUCUCCUUAUUCCUCUUUGAGCAUAAUGAAAAUGUUAAGCACGAAUUUCAUCUUUCUCAAACUUAUCAUGACGGGCUGCUCAAGCUGCAAGCAAAAGAAUACGAGAAGGCUCGCGAGCUCUUGGAGUCUGUCCUUAAAGAUCCUCUUAUUGCUAAUGCGCAGGUGAAUAGCAGUGCCAGUGAUGGUCAUCUAUUGCAACUCAGAUUUUUGGCAUUGAAAAACCUUGCUGCUGUUUUUCUUAAGCAAGGUUCCACAUAUUAUGAGAAUGCUCUGCACUGUUAUCUUCAAGCUGUGGAGAUCGAUUCUAAAGAUUCUGUUGUUUGGAACCAGCUUGGAACAUUGUCGUGCUCAAUGGGCUCACUGAGUCUUUCACGUUGGGCAUUUGAGCAAGGCCUCUUGUGUAGCCCUAAUAACUGGAAUUGCAUGGAGAAGCUUUUGGAAGUUCUUAUUGCAAUUGGUGAUGAGGUUGCUUGCCUUUCUGUUGCUGAAUUGAUUUUGAGGCACUGGCCAUCACAUUCUCGUGCUUUACAUGUUAAAAAUACCAUUGAAGAAUCAGAAACUUUGCCAUUUGCUCCAAGAGGCAUAGACAAAUUGGAACCUAAACAUGUGCGACUCAAGUUUCCUGAGAAGAGAAAAACUACUAAUGACAAUGCAGAUGAGGAUGUUGCAUUCAAAAAGCUGAAACAGAAUAAAGAACUGCACCUGACAGAAGUUUCCUGGCUGGCUCUUGCUGAUGCACUCCUGGAAAUCUUAUCACCACAAAAUUCUGAGAUGGAUCCUGAAAAAGCAUUAACUUCUCCUGAUAUUAAGCUAAGCAUAAUCUUACCACAUAGCUCAGAAGCUGCUAUGAGCCCUGUGGAAAUGAAAGGGUCCAAUGGUGAAAACAGUGUUUUUAGUGAUGGUAACAUAGAACGAUCAAGUGUGUUUAAAGAGAGAGAAACUAAUACUCAUGAAGAACAGCCACAUGAAAGGAGAAGUUCUCGACUUGAAAGGCUUCGAAGUCGUAAACCAGGAAAAGAAGAAUCUGAUUCUUCUUGUGGCAAAGACCCUACUAAGGUUGUCAUUCAAUAUCUAGAGCCAUUUGUUGCUGGUGGAUUACGGGAUCAAGAUGCAAUUGAUAGAGAGACUACAGCACUAUCUUGUUUAGGAAAUUCUGAAUACUAUAAUGUUUCUGUAUUUGUGACAGAAACAUCAAACAAUUAUGGUGCUUAUCAUAUGGGGCACAUGCUUUUAGAAGAGGUUGCAAGACAAGGUCUCACAUAUCAAGAUGCUUUUGUCAAAUUUCUUGAGUUGGAAAAGUUGACAAGGCAUUGGGGAAAAGAGAGAACGGCUGAAUGUAAUAUUUUUCUUGCUGAGCUGUAUUAUGACUUUGGAUCAUGCUCUCCUGGUUCUAAUCAGUCAGAAUUUUUUUCUGAGACAUCUUACCAUCUUUGUAAGAUCAUAGAAUCUGUAGCUUUAGAUUAUCCUUUUCACUUGACUAAUGCCUUGAAUGAAGGUUGUUUUACGAUAGAUAGUAUCCAAGAGAUCAGUGGGAAAACGACAAUAAAUACCUCCACUGACAAUAAUGUAAAUUUGGACAGCUCAAUUUUGAUGAAAAACAAUUCCCUCUGGGCUCGAUUUUUCUGGCUUAGUGGGAGAUUGUCUAUUGUUGAUGGCAACAGGGCAAAAGCUUGUGAAGAAUUUUAUGUUGCUUUGUCACUUUUGGGACAGAGAGAAAAUAUGGAAGAUUCUCUCUGUUUGGUCCCCCGCCCACAUUGCAAGGCUGUAAAAGAGCUAAACUUCGAUAGAGUUCUUGAUGAAAUUAAUAUAUUAAAGGUCAAUUUCUUGAUGGAGAAUUCUGUCAUUAAAAUGAUGGAGCAUGAAAAGUAUUUGGAGUGUGUAUCCCUGCUAUCUCCACUUUUGUUCUCCACACGGGAUGUCUACCCUGAUUCAUUCUCUUUAUCCAUGGCAAAUAAAAAAAAUGAAAAGAUAACUUCCACUGAGCUCAUGGCUGUUGAUGUUCUAAUGGAAGCAUGUCAAAAGACAAGGCCAAUGGAUGUGGAGAUGUAUUUCAAUUGUCAUUAUAGAAAGCUGAAAAUACUUAUGACAAAGAUGGGUUUAAGUACAUGUAUUAAAUCAUUUAAAUCCUCGAAUCAAGCACCUCAUUUAAAUGCAUCUCCUAAUUUGGAUAUUGAUUCAAAGGAAAGUUCCAGCAAGCACUGUAGUCACUUGGUUGUGGAUGAAGUGAAGGCACUCUCUGAAUGUAUCUCACAAGUGAAGAAAAUUAUUGAUCAUCGUGGAGAUUCUGAAAUUGAUGAGCUCUAUGAAUUUGAUGAGGUUUUUGGCUUUUUGUCCUAA